AUGGAGCUCAGUGGGAUUCUCUGUCUCAUUCUCAUUGUCCUCAUCACCAGCAUCCUAUUUCUGUCACGAUGGAAAGUCAGAGGGAGGCUGCCACCUGGUCCCAUUCCUCUUCCCUUCAUAGGUAACAUGCACCAAGUAAAAAUUAAUGAUCUCAUCAAGUCUCUGGUUGAGCUAAGUAAAAAGUAUGGACCCAUGUACACAUUAUAUCUCGGUUCUCGCCCCACCGUGGUGAUGUGCGGAUAUGAGAUUUUAAAGGAAGCGCUAAUAGACCAUGCUGAAGAAUUUAGCGGGAGGGGAGAAUUUCCAGCAGUCCAACAAUACAGCAAAGGAAAUGGGAUUGUGUACGGGACAGGAGAAAGAUGGAGGCAGCUUCGGCGCUUUGCUAUCCAUACUUUGAAGAAUUUCGGAAUGGGGAAGAGAAGCCUGGAGGAAAGGGUGAAAGAAGAGGCUCAGUGUCUAAUAGCGGAGUUCCGGAAAAGUGAAGGAAAACCCUUUGACCCUACCUUUGGAUUUAGCUCUGCUGGCUCUAACAUAAUCUGCUCCUUGGUGUUUGGAGACCGGUUUGACUACAGAGAUGAAGAAUUUAUGAAUUUGCUUUAUCUAAUCAAUAACAGCUGGCACCUUAUGAGCUCCACAUGGGGCCAGCUACUUUUCGUGUUUCCAAAAAUCAUGCAGUAUAUUCCAGGCCCGCACAAAAAGAUUUACAAAAACUACGUGAAACUUGGAGCCUUUGUGGCUAAGAGACUUCGGAUGAACAAAGAGACACUGGACCCAAACAAUACACGUGAUCUCAUUGACUGCUUUCUCAUAAAGAUUGAACAGGAGAAGAAAAACUCAAAUAGCCACUUCAACUAUGAGACAAUGUUGAAAACUACAGUGAACGUGUUCUUUGCUGGCACAGAAACGGUGGGAUCUACUUUGAGAUAUGGUUUUCUGAUCAUGCUGAAGCACCCAGAAGUUAGAGAGAAAGUUCAAGAGGAAAUAGACAGAGUGAUUGGUCGAGACAGAAGCCCAUGCAUGGAUGACCGCAGCCAGAUGCCCUACACUGAAGCAGUUAUCUAUGAAAUCCUGAGAUUUGCAGACAUAGUGCCCAUGAGCGUCCCUCAUACUGUGACCCGUGACAUCACAUUCCGUGGCUAUGACUUGCCUGAGGGUCUGAACAUCAUGCCCCUGAUUUGCACAUCACAGUAUGACCCCACAAAGUUCAGGAAUCCACACUCUUUUGACCCAACACACUUCCUGGAUGAAAAUGAACUCUUUAAGAAGAAUGAGGCAUUCAUGGCAUUUUCAGCAGGAAAGCGUAUCUGCCUUGGAGAGGGUCUGGCCCAAAUGGAGCUGUUCAUUUUCUUUACCACCAUCCUCCAAAACUUUACUCCAAAGUCAUUAGUGGAUCCGAAGGACAUUGAUAUCACGCCAGAGAGCAGCGGAUUAGGAAAUAUACCUCGGCCCUACAAAAUGUGCCUUGUUCCUCGUUGA